UGCGAGAAUAAUAGCGAGAUUCAUCUCAUUUUAUAAAGGAAUAAUUUAAUAAACUUUGAACUUGCAUCAUGGCAUUGGGUUGGGUAUGUAUGUCAAAACCCAUUUAAUAAUUUUAAUGAUAUAAUGUUGGCUCACCAAACAAAGGCGUUUUCCCGAAGAACAAUACCCAAUAUGUAUAAUUAACAUAAGGUGGGGUGCAUUCCCACAUAAGUGUAGAAAAUGUACCUUCCUUGUGCCUGUAACAAUGACCUAGAACUCAUACGUCUCGAACCUAUAUAAAUUAAAUGAUUUCCUCCAACUUUCCCCAGGAUUUAUAAACUGAGCCUCCAUUUAAAGUUAAGUAUCAUCAGAACAAAAACUAAAUUACAAAAGAAAAGAAAAGAAAAGAAAAGGUAAGAUGGUGGAUGCAAAUAAAGUAGCUCUCGAUGCUUCAUCUUCUGACAGUUUUCAUGAAGAUGAUAAAGUAUUCCACAAACUUGGUGUUGCCGAAUUAGGUGCCCAAUUUGAUUUUGAUAAAGAAUUUAAUGAUAUUGAAAUCUUAGCUCAACAAGCUAAAAGAGAAAGUACCUUCUGGCAAAAAGUUAAAAACUUUGAAUUUGAAAUUAAUUUUAAAAACAAGACAUAUAUGAUUUAUUUAUUAGGUUGUUUUGCUUCUGCAGCGGGUUUAUUAUCGGGUUUAGAUCAAUCAAUCAUUAGUGGUGCCUCAAUCGGUAUGGGUCCUGCCUUACAUUUAAGUUCUCAUCAAGCUUCUCUUGUUUCAAGUUUAAUGCCAUUAGGUGCUAUGACUGGUUCUAUCUUGAUGACUCCAUUAAACGAAUAUUUUGGUAGAAAGAAAUCAAUCAUGAUUUCUUGUGUUUGGUAUACUAUUGGUGCUGCUAUAUCUGCUGGUGCUCAUAAUUAUCAUGUAAUGUAUGCUGGAAGAUUUAUCUUAGGUGUUGGGGUUGGUAUUGAAGGUGGUUGUGUUGGUAUCUAUAUUGCAGAAUCAGUUCCCGCAAAAGUAAGAGGUAAUAUCGUGUCUAUGUAUCAAUUUAAUAUUGCUGUCGGAGAAGUUCUCGGGUAUGCCGUGGCAGCAAUGUUUUAUGAAGUUCAUGGAGGUUGGAGAUUUAUGAUUGGUUCUUCUUUAUUAUUUUCAACUGUAUUAUUCUUUGCUAUUAGUUUUCUUCCUGAAUCGCCACGUUUCUUAAUUCAUAAAGGUAAGUUAGGUGAAGCCUAUAAUGUUUGGAAAAGAUUAAGAGAUGUUGAUGAAUAUGAUAGUAAAUUAGAAUUCUUAGAAAUGAGACAAGCGGGUAUUGAAGAGCAAGAACGUAAAGCUUCGGAAAAUUAUCUUCAAGUUUGGUUAGAUUUAUUCACCAUCCCCAGAAAUAGACGUUCCUUGGUCUAUGCUGUCAUCAUGAUCAGUCUUGGUCAACUUACAGGUGUGAAUGCCGUUAUGUAUUAUAUGUCUACCUUGAUGGCUAAGAUUGGAUUUGAUACUAAGAAUUCAGUAUUUAUGUCAUUAGUGGGUGGUGGUUCAUUGAUGCUUGGUAGUAUUCCAGCUAUUUUAUGGAUGGAUAGAUUUGGUAGAAGAACUUGGGCUAUGAAUAUUGUUGGUUUCUUUAUUGGUUUGGUAUUGGUUGGUGUUGGUUAUAGAAUUAAUAUAAAGACUAAUUUAGCUGCUGCUGAAGGUGUUUAUCUUACCGGUAUUAUUUUAUAUAUGGGUUUCUUUGGUUCUUAUGCUUGUUUGACAUGGGUUCUUCCAUCUGAAGCUUUCUCGAUGUCUAAGAGAUCUGUUGGUAUGACCAUUAGUUCUGCAUUCCUUUAUCUUUGGUCAUUUACUGUUACUUAUAAUUUCACUAGAAUGCAAAAUGCCAUGACUUACACAGGAUUAUCAUUAGGAUUCUAUGGUGGUAUUGCUUUCCUUGGUUUUAUUUAUCAAAUUUUCCUUAUGCCUGAAACUAAAGAUAAGACUUUGGAAGAAAUUGAUGAUAUUUUUGAAAAGAAAACAAUUGAAAUUGCCAAAGAAAAUAUUAGAAAUAUGAAGAGAUUUUGGAGAAUUUAAAUUUGGUAGCUCCAUCUCUCUCCGGGUAAAAGUUCCUCUCAUAAAUAAAAAAUUUUCACUAUUGAAAUUUUUAAUGUGAGAUAAUUUUACAUACCUUUUUUAACAACUAUUUCUUCUAAAGUAAGAAUCACUAAUUGCAGUAUAUAUUCAUUAAUAUACGACUUAAUUCAAUAUAAUUAAUCCAUGUAGAGAA